AUGAGCUCAUCGGACACUCUAGAAGUGAAACCAUUUAAAUACCACUGUGUGUACAAGCGCAAGGAGGGAGAAGGCAAGGAGGGAGAAGGCAAGGAGGGAGAAGGCAAGGAGGGAGAAGGCAAGGAGGGAGAAGGCAAGGAGGGAGAAGGCAAGGAGGGAGAAGGCAAGGAGGGAGAAGGCAAGGAGGGAGAAGGCAAGGAGGGAGAAGGCAAGGAGGGAGAAGGCAAGGAGGGAGAAGGCAAGGAGGGAGAAGGCAAGGAGGGAGAAGGCAAGGAGGGAGAAGGCAAGGAGGGAGAAGGCAAGGAGGGAGAAGGCAAGGAGGGAGAAGGCAAGGAGGGAGAAGGCAAGGAGGGAGAAGGCAAGGAGGGAGAAGGCAAGGAGGGAGAAGGCAAGGAGGGAGAAGGCAAGGAGGGAGAAGGCAAGGAGGGAGAAGGCAAGGAGGGAGAAGGCAAGGAGGGAGAAGGCAAGGAGGGAGAAGGCAAGGAGGGAGAAGGCAAGGAGGGAGAAGGCAAGGAGGGAGAAGGCAAGGAGGGAGAAGGCAAGGAGGGAGAAGGCAAGGAGGGAGAAGGCAAGGAGGGAGAAGGCAAGGAGGGAGAAGGCAAGGAGGGAGAAGGCAAGGAGGGAGAAGGCAAGGAGGGAGAAGGCAAGGAGGGAGAAGGCAAGGAGGGAGAAGGCAAGGAGGGAGAAGGCAAGGAGGGAGAAGGCAAGGAGGGAGAAGGCAAGGAGGGAGAAGGCAAGGAGGGAGAAGGCAAGGAGGGAGAAGGCAAGGAGGGAGAAGGCAAGGAGGGAGAAGGCAAGGAGGGAGAAGGCAAGGAGGGAGAAGGCAAGGAGGGAGAAGGCAAGGAGGGAGAAGGCAAGGAGGGAGAAGGCAAGGAGGGAGAAGGCAAGGAGGGAGAAGGCAAGGAGGGAGAAGGCAAGGAGGGAGAAGGCAAGGAGGGAGAAGGCAAGGAGGGAGAAGGCAAGGAGGGAGAAGGCAAGGAGGGAGAAGGCAAGGGAAAGACGUUCAUUCCCGAAAUGUUGGCUGAAUUAGAAUAUUAG